UAUGUGGGUUUUGUAAAAUUUAUUGCAAACUCCAUUUCACUUUGUUUUUUCUUCUCAUUUCUUGGAGUUUCAUCUCUUGUACCAUGGGAUUAGGAGAAAUGAAUAAGGAAGUGACUGAGAAGGUGAUUAAGUUCGUAACAAUGGUGAUUUUGAUGGGGACUAUAGUGAUCUGGAUUAUGAUGCCAACUUCUACAUACAAGGAAAUCUGGUUAACCCCCAUGCGUGCCAAGCUCGGCAAAUCGAUGUACUAUGGGAAACAAGGAGUGAACCUUUUGGUUUACAUGUUCCCGAUGAUUCUACUGGCUUUUCUGGGAUGUAUCUACCUUCACUUGAUGAAACAAACAACUGUUAAUCAAUUUAACAGCGGAGUGGAGAAGAAGAGAGCCAAGUUUGCUGCAUUGAGAAGACCAAUGUUAGUGACGGGACCAUUAGGAAUAGUGACAGUGACUGAGGUUAUGUUCUUGACGAUGUUCAUGGCUCUUCUUCUUUGGAGCUUAACCAAUUACAUUUACAGGACGUUUGUCACCAUCACUUCUGAAUCAGCAGCAACUGACAGAAAUAGCCUAUGGCAAGCGAGGUUGGAUUUAAUAGCAGUACGGCUAGGUAUAGUAGGGAACAUAUGCUUGGCGUUCUUGUUCUAUCCAGUGGCUCGUGGCUCGUCGUUGCUGGCUGCAGUGGGGCUUACGUCGGAGUCGAGCAUCAAGUACCAUAUAUGGCUGGGACACUUGGUCAUGAUCUUAUUCACCAGCCACGGUCUCUGUUACUUUAUCUAUUGGAUAUCCAAGAAUCAAUUAGUCUCCCAGAUGUUGGAGUGGGAUAGGACCGGUGUCUCGAAUUUAGCCGGAGAGAUAGCUCUGGUGGCCGGACUUAUGAUGUGGGUCACCACAUAUCCGAAGAUAAGGAGGAGAUUCUUCGAAGUCUUCUUUUAUACUCAUUAUCUCUACAUCGUCUUCAUGCUCUUCUUCGUCUUCCACGUCGGCAUCUCUCAUGCGUUGAUUUCUUUUCCCGGUUUCUACAUCUUCCUCGUUGAUCGUUUCUUGAGGUCUCUUCAGUCACGCAACAAUGUCAAGCUAGUCUCUGCUCGUGUUCUUCCUUGUGACACCGUUGAGCUCAAUUUCUCCAAAAACCCUAUGUUGAUGUAUAGCCCGACAAGCACUAUGUUCGUGAACAUACCGAGUAUUUCGAAGCUUCAGUGGCAUCCAUUUACGAUAAUUUCUAGUAGCAAACUCGAACCAGAGACGUUAAGUGUUAUGAUCAAGAGCCAAGGAAAAUGGUCCAGUAAGCUUUACGAUAUGCUUUCUUCAUCUUCCUCUGAUCAAAUCAAUCGCCUCGCUGUUUCCGUCGAGGGACCCUACGGCCCUAGUUCCACUGAUUUCCUACGACAUGACUCUCUGGUGAUGGUGAGUGGAGGCAGUGGGAUUACACCGUUUAUCUCCAUAAUCCGCGACCUAUACUACAUGAGUUCAACGCACAAAUCUAAAAUCCCUAAAAUGACCCUAAUCUGCGCCUUUAAAAACUCUUCCGACCUCUCCAUGCUUGACCUAAUCCUACCAACUUCCGGUCUCACCACCGACAUCUCCUCGUUUGUAGAUAUCCAGAUCAAAGCCUUCGUUACCCGAGAGGAGAAAAACCCAGUAAAAGAAUCAACUCACAAUAGGAAUAUCAUCAAAACCCUAUAUUUCAAACCAAACGUCUCAGACCAACCCAUCUCACCAAUCCUCGGGCCCAACUCUUGGCUCUGUCUUGCAACCAUCCUCUCUUCUUCCUUCAUGAUCUUUAUUGUCAUCAUCGCAAUCAUAACGAGAUAUCACAUCUACCCAAUCGAUCAAAACUCGGAAAAGUACACUUGGGCUUAUAAAUCGCUCAUUUACCUUAUAUCGAUCUCCAUUAGCGUGGUGACUACUUCUACGGCUGCUAUGUUGUGGAACAAAAAAAGGUAUUACGCGAAAAGUGACCAAUAUGUCGACAAUUGGUCUCCGUUGAUUAUCGAGAGCUCACCGCAGCAAUUGUUAUCGCAAUCCACCGACAUUUACUACGGAGAGAGGCCUAAUCUUAACAAGCUUCUAGUUGGUGUACCGGGUUCGAGCGUGGGAGUUCUUGUGUGUGGUCCGACGAAGAUGAGACAAGAGAAUGCAAAAAUGUCGCCGCAGCAAUUGCUAUCACAGUCCACCGACAUUCAUUACGCAGAGAGGCCUGACCUUAACAAGCUUCUAGUGUGUGGCCAGAGGAAGAUGAGACAAGAGGUAGCGAGGAUUUGUCGAUACAGCUGGUGAAUUUUUUUACUCAGAUUGAUAUUUUUUGUCAUAUCUGUUUGGGUUGCAAAAUAAAUAUGGAGCCUUGAGAGUAGAUACAUUUUGAGGAUAUCCUAGUACACAUUUUUUCGUCUCCUAGUACUAAUAAUAACAUGUGAUUGGAUUUAGUAGAGUU